ACAGGGAAGGAAUAGGAGGAAGAGUAGGAGUAAAGCUAAGCAGUAGAGUGGGGGGGAAGUAUGGCAGCCACAAAGUGAUAAUUCUGUGUAAGCGUUAUAACAGGCAAUGGCUGCUACAAGAUCGCAGAGUCACGCUCAGGACCGAAUUACUAGACCUUUAGAUUCGAGAAACGAUGCCCAGGUGGAUCUAUUGAGGGGUACCGAAAAAUAUAGUGACUCUCGGUUGGCAGAGGGAAACACUCCGAAAAGUCUGAACUGGUUAGAUGAACCUUAUCGUGACAGUGCAAUAAACGAUACGCCGUCAUCACUUGCUGAAGAUGUUUCCAGUAGUGCAGUUCUUACACGGUUGGAUGGGGAUGGCCUCGUGGAACGAGGGAACUGGAGUGGACGGUUCGAUUUCCUCAUGUCCUUAUUGGGGUAUUCCGUGGGUCUCGGCAACGUGUGGAGGUUUCCCUACCUAGCAUACAGCAACGGAGGGGGGGCGUUUCUUUUCCCUUUUAUAUUGAUGUUGAUAUUAAUUGGAACACCACUGAUGUUUAUGGAGCUUGCUUUCGGCCAGUUUGCAUCUCUGGGUCCAGCUGCUAUCUUCGACCGAUUCUGUCCUUUAUUUCAUGGUCUUGGUAUUGCCAUGAUAUGUGUAUCAAGUCUGGUGGCUGUCUACUACACAGUAAUUAUAGCCUGGACAAUUCUGUAUCUGUUCAUGUCGUUUACAUCGGAACUUCCUUGGGAAACCUGUGGAGAAGAAUGGAGAACACAAUUUUGUUACUCUUUCAAAGAAGCAGACGCUUGUGCCCAAAUAAACGGCAGUGUAUAUUAUAAUCAAACUUGCUUCAACGCGACGUAUGCUGCAUCAGAAAACAUAGUAGAACUUGCCAAAAAUUCAUCAAUACGACAUGUUCCAGCUCAAGACUUUUUUGAGCGCCAUGUCUUGAACAUAUCUUCUGGUAUUGAACACUUGGGUGAUAUCAGGUGGCAGGUUGUCCUCUGUCUUCUUUGUGCAUGGACUUUGACGUUUUUCUCUCUCAGCAAAGGAGUGAAAUCAACAGGAAAAGUGGUGUACUUCACUGCACUAUUCCCCUAUGUUGUACUUUGUAUCCUGUUUGUUCGAGGUGUGACGUUACCUGGUUCAAUGAAAGGAAUUAUAUUUUACGUCACUCCAGAGUUCCACUUAUUAAAAUCUGCUAAGGUGUGGAAAGAAGCAGCUGUGCAAAUAUUUUUCUCACUUAGUCCAGCCUGGGGCGGACUGAUAACACUUGCCAGUUAUAACAAGUUCCAUAACAACUGUUAUAAAGAUGCAUUGAUUGUAUCAAUUGGCAACAUUUGUACCAGCAUUUUCGCUGGUUUUGUUAUAUUCUCUAUCAUUGGUUACUUGGCAAAUGAACUCAAUAUGCCGGUUGACAAAGUUGUUGAUCAAGGUGCUGGUUUAGCAUUCAUUGUAUACCCUGAUGUUGUAACCAGGUUACCAAUAUCUCCAUUAUGGUCCUUCCUCUUCUUCUUCAUGCUGUUGACUCUUGGAAUGGGCAGUGAAUUUGCUCUCUUGGAAACCAUUAUGACUGCUGUACAAGAUCUGUAUCCAGCUCUACGGCAGAAAAAAACAUGGGUUGUUUUAACAGUUUGCAUACUUGGUUUCCUCUCUGGUCUUACGGUUUGUACUGAUGGUGGCAUGUAUAUCCUGCAACUGAUGGACUCGUACGCGGCCAGUUGGGCUGUUUUCCUAAUGGCUAUCAUUGAAUGUGUUCUCAUUGGAUGGGUUCAUGGAGCUCAGGAGUUUAUCAUUGAAGUUGAAUUGAUGAUUGGGCAGCGCAGCCGAAAUUUCCAUAAAUAUUUCUCUAUCUUCUGGAAAUAUAUCUCACCUGCAACAUUGACGCUGCUGAUGGUCUUCAAUGCUAUCCAAUACGAACCUCUCGAAUAUGAUACGUACGUCUACCCUGGCUGGGCUAAUGCUAUUGGUUGGUUAAUGGCAUUGGCACCGAUCAUGAUGAUAAUCACUAUUGCUGUUUUCAGAUUAUUAACAACUCACAGAGACCUCCCAUUCAAAAAGAGAGUAAAAGAACUGCUGAAACACACUUCAGGAUGGGGUCCAAACAAGUUUCAAAAAGCUGAAGAGGAAGAAAAUCGUAACAGAACAAUAGAAAACCCCAAUUUCACAGUUGGUAAUCCACAGGAGACAAGGAUAUAAAAUAGGCAUUAGCAUGUUGAUUCUUGUCUUCGUACCAGCAUAUUCAUAGGACUAGUAAAGAUGAUGAAGAUGAUAAGGAUGAUAAUGAUGAUGAUAAUAAUAAUUACAAUAAUGAUGAGUGACGAAAUACUAGUGAUGGUAGUUGUGGUGCUGGUGUUGUUGUUGCUGCGGGUGGUGGUAGUGGUGGUGGUGGUGGUGGUGGUGGUGGUGGUGGUUGCCGGAAGUUAUAAAAUAAAUUUAUAAUAAUAAACACUAGUGGUGGCGUUGACGCUGCUGCUGCCGUACUUCGUGAUGGUGAGGAUAACCUGUACUUUAGUCAAGUUGCUGACACAAAUCAAACCUAAAUAGAGAUACAUUAAUUAACAUUAAUUAUGCACUUAGGGCUUUAAAAAAAAUGAAUUAUGGCCGGGUUGGGGUCGGGUGCAGCUUGAUGUACUGAUCUACAUUGUUUUGAUAUAUGUAGCAGAAUUCUCACCUGCUGUGCACAUCUUUUUCUACUAGUACUUACCUAUACAGUU